GGCCGGGCCGGGCCGGGCCCGGUGCUCGAUCAUGGAGUUCCCUUUCGACCUGGCCCCGGUGCUGGGCGACCGCUUUUGCAUCGUGGAUCAGCACCUGCGGCCAGCGGGGCGCGGUGGCACCGUCAAACGGGAGGAGCUGGAGCAACAGCUGAGGACGGUGAUCGAUGAACUGGGCAAGGCCUCGGCCAAGGGGUCCCGUGUCCCCCCCAGGCAGGCCCAGGGCCUCUCGACCCCCGUGACCAGCGCGGCCCGAAUGGAGAGCAACCGGCAUGUGCUGUACAUCCUGAGGGACACCCGAUCCCCCAAAGGCUCCGUGCUGGGAUUCCUCAAGGUCGGAUAUAAAAAACUUUUCCUGCUGGAGAGGGAUGGGUCCCACGUGGAGGUGGAACCUCUUUGUGUCCUGGAUUUUUACAUCCACGAGUCCCAGCAGCGCCGGGGGCUGGGCAGGGAGCUCUUCAGGGAGAUGCUGCAGCGGGAGAGGGUGCAGCCGGAGAAGCUGGCGGUGGACAGACCCUCAGAGAAACUUCUGGCAUUCCUCAGGAAACAUUUCGGCCUCUGCGACCUCAUCCCACAGGUGAACAAUUUUGUCAUCUUUGAGGGGUUUUUCUCCACCAGAACUGCCCCUGCCCGGCGCCCGUUCCCACGGCCGAGGCCGGAGGAGCCGAUCAAGCCGUACUCCCUGAGCGAGAGAGACUUCCUGCGGGAGGAGCCGGAGCCCCCCUGGCCCUUUAACCUGUCCCGGGGGUCCCCAGUUCGGGGCAGCCUCCGGCCGUUCCUGCUGCGCCGAGAGACCCCCGGGGAGAGCCCCCAAAACCACCCGGAGCCGCCCCCGCGGCGCGCCAGCUCCCUGGGGCGUGUCGGCCGCUGAGCUCCCCCGGCCCCUCCCCCACUCUGGCCACUGACCCUCCCCCACUCUGGCCACUGACCCUCCCCCACUCCGGCCACUGACCCUCCCCAGCCAGGCCAUGGGGGGAUGGGGCCACCUGGACUUUGGGGGAACUGGGAGGGUCCCAUUGACUCAACUGGGACCUGUUCCCAUCCCAUAACCCCACUGGGAGCCAGUUCCUGCCCUGUAACCCUACUGGGAACCACUUCCUAUCCCACUGGAAGCCUCAACUGGGAACCAGUUCCCACCUCAUAACCCUGCUGGGAAUUGGUUCCUAUCCCAUAACCCCACUGGGAACCAGUUGCUGUCCCAUAACCCUAUUGGGAACCAGUUCCUAUCCCAGUUUCUGUCCCGUAACCCCACUGGGAACCAACUCCCACCCCCUAAUCCUACUGGGAACCAGUUCCUAUCCCACUGGAAGCUUCAACUGGGAACCGGUUCCUAUCCCAUAACCCCACUGGGAACCAGUUGCUGCCCCAUAACCCUGUUGGGAACCAGUUCCUAUCCCAGUUUCUGUCCCGUAACCCCACUGGAAACCAGUUCCCACCCCACUGGAAGCCUGAACUGGGACCAGUUCCCACCCUGCAGCCCCACUGGGCCCCACCUCCCUGCCCUGUGGGCGCCCCUCCCCCCCGCACGGCCCCGGGGGCGGUGCCUUCCCCUCCCCCCCAUUGUUUUUGGGGUAAUUUCAAUAAAAUCGGUGACUCCGA